AAUUACAGACACAAUGUAUAAACUACUAAGUGGAAAUAGUGAUUAAUGAAAAUGACUUAAAAAGUUGCAUGCAGAUGCAAUUUUUAACCAACAUGAAGGAUUAUUUUAUAAAUGAUGAAUAAAAAAUAUUGUGAGUUAUUUAACACACUAGUUGGAUAGAAUAUGUGAUAAUCUGCAUAACAAUACAAGUAGUGAGCUACAGACUUUGAGCAUAUACGAGAAUAAAUAGACGGAUAUAAGAAUAUAAAGCAAACUUCUAUUGAAUAAGCUUCAUAAUUUUCUUCCAUUAUUAUGAUAAUCAAAGGCAGUGAAUCGAAUUCACAUUACCUGCUCAUAAAAUGCUUGCUGGUUAUUAUGCUCAUAGAGUAUUCAAAUGGAGGAAGUGGCUUCUUAAUUAUCCCAAAAAGGGUCGAGCAAAAUCAGACGCGCAUAUUUGAUAGAGAUAAAUUAACAUCAACAUCGUCCAGUGGAAAUUUUUCAGUGCCAAAUUCCAUAAGUGAUUCUAGUAAAAAUUUAAAUUCAUUAAAAAAUGUUAAGCAUACGAUUAGUGGUAGUAGUUUAAGUGAUGGAAUUAAAUCAAAUAAUUUAACAAGUAAUAAUAACAACAAUAAUAAUAGCACUAGUCAAAAUCAAUCAAUUAAUGACACAAGUAUUGAAACGUCCUUUAGUACGUCGAAUUUUACAAAUAUCACUGCACAAGUGGGAUCAAUUGUCGAGCUCCCGUGUACAGUACACAAUCCUGGAGACGGAACGACCAUCUCAUGGAUUCGAAGAAAGGACUAUCACCUAUUGACAGUUGGGUUAACAACAUACAGCAGUGAUGAAAGGUUUAGUGCUUUGCAUUUAGAAGAUUCUGAGGAUUGGCCAUUAAAAAUAAAAUAUGUUCAGCUUAGAGAUGCUGGAUUAUAUGAGUGUGUGGUGACGAAACAUCCAUCAAUAUCCAUUUUUAUACAGCUCAACGUUGUUGAGGCCCGUGCGGAAAUCAGUGGACCGUCUGAAAAAUAUCUAAAACCCGGAUCCGUGCUCCGAUUGACAUGCCGAGUAGUUGAAAAUAUCGAAAAUCCAUUAUAUAUUUUCUGGUAUCACAAUAAUCGAAUGAUAAAUUACGAUUCGCAUCGUGGUGUUAACGUAUCGACGGAAUCAGACAACAGAUAUUCAGAGCUGCAAAUCUCACAGACAACAACCAGUCAUUCUGGAAAUUAUUCAUGUGUUACUAACAAUGCCGUCUCAUCUAGUACAUUGGUGCAUAUUUUCAAUGGUGAAAAUCCUGCUGAGUUAUUGCGAGAUUAUGGAAUAGCUAUAAGCCCAUCAACAACAUUAUUAUCUUUAUUGUUAACUAUAGUGACAUAUCAAAUCUUUUGUUUAUGUUCUUUGUAAAAGAUGUGGAACGUCCUGCCAUAUACAAUAUAAUACCCAUAUACAUCCUCAUAGACAUGAGUGCUCAUCAAAUUCGCAUAUGAUAGGAACUGAAAAGCGAAUUGAGUAAAACACAAAAAGGACGAAACGAGAUGAAGACAAAACGAUGGAGAAUGUAUUUUAGUAUGGGAGAUAGAUAGAUCUACUAAAAGUCCCCAAUCAUUAAAUAAUUUAUUACUUUGUUUUGAGUGGCACAUAAAAGGAAUGGAUUGUGUUAAAUGGUCGGUAAAAUUUUAUUCGUGGCUAAAGCGCAUUUUUUGUGGACAAUCUAAUUAGUUUUAUAGUUUAUUUUUGGAUUUAUGCCAGGAUUAGUUGCUUUUUGGACCUCUUGCUUUUGUGGUUUCUGACUCGCGGUACCCCUAAACAUAAUAAGUGAACAGCCUCGAGUUGAAGAGUAAAAUCAUUUUCAUACAUUAAUUCUGAAAGUUUGCCGGGCUAUAGAGCAUAACUAAUCAUUAUUUCUAAAUGAUGUCAAACCUCAUGAGGUUCUAACGAGCUGCUUCUAUCUCCAAAGUCCUUCCUGCCCUAAAUCCAUGCAAUACAACAAAUAACAACUUCAAUUCUCACCUACAAAAAUUAAUCUCGUCAGCCUCAAAACCACCCAUUCCGCAAAGUUUCAAGCAUCGCCUUUAAAAAAAUCAUCACCAUAAAAGAAAGGAACGAAGAGGAAAAAGACGACAUUGGCAUCAUUGAACACGACACUAAAUUGUUAUGUAUGAGAUACCCAUUGUGAGGUGAUGGAAAGAUUGAAAGACUAAAUGUACCGUUGUUGUGGUGCUUUCAUGCUUUUUUGCCAAUGAUAUAGACAUUUAUAGGCGAUUAUAUUGAGUCUUACGUAAACGUAAAUGUGCAAUUUCCUGAAACAAAAUGCUUUUGAUAUUUAUUGUUUAUGAAGCAGACAUCAACGGCUAGUAUAAUACGAUAUGAGUACCUCUGAAUUGGUUUCGGGUGAUUAUGUUGAAAUUUUAUGCCACUGCUGUUUUUGCGAUGCUAAUUUUUAUGAUUUAUUGGAAUUUUAUGGUGUUGAACAGGAAAUUUUUCUUUAAGGCUGCCUUAAAGCAGCUUUAAUGACCAAGAAAAUGUUUUUUUGGGGGUAGUUGAAUGAAUAUAGCAAAAUUUCUUAUUCCUCAAAAGCUCAAUAUGACCAUCA